ACAGACGUGAGGCUGGCUCCGCGGGCGCCUCCUCCCCGCGGGGCUGCCCCCAGAAGAGGGUUGAAGACCCGAGGUCGCGGUCGUGGCGGCCCCGGCGGCGGCGGCGGCGCUCGCGUUAGGACCCAGCGGAUCCAGGCUGGAGGGCGGGCGCCGGCCCCGUCGGGGGCCCGGAGGGGGGUUCGGAGCGGGCAAAGGGGCGGCUCCGGCGGGCGGACUCGGAGCGGGCCGCGGAGUGACCCGGCCAGCUGUGCGGCGCUGCAACAUCUGGUUUCCUCCAGCCGGACCCCAGCCCGGCCUCUGGAGCAGACAGAGCCUCCAGCAGACUGUCCCCUGACACCAGUCCAGCCCGCCUUGUUGUGUAACCAUGAGAGCUGCCUACCUCUUCCUGCUGUUCCUGCCUGCAGGCCUGCUGGCUCAGGGCCAGUACGACCUGGAUCCACUGCCUCCGUUCCCAGACCACGUCCAGUACACCCACUAUAGCGACCAGAUCGACAACCCGGACUACUAUGAUUAUCAAGAGGUGACUCCUCGGCCCCCGGAGGAGCAGUUUCAGUUCCAGUCCCAGCAGCAAGUCCAACAGGAAGUCAUCCCAGCUCCCACCUUAGAACCAGGAACUGUAGAGACGGAGCCCACGGAGCCUGGGCCUCUGGACUGCCGCGAGGAGCAGUACCCGUGUACCCGCCUCUACUCCAUACACAAGCCUUGCAAACAGUGUCUCAACGAGGUCUGCUUCUACAGCCUCCGCCGUGUGUAUGUCAUCAACAAGGAAAUCUGUGUCCGCACGGUCUGUGCCCACGAGGAGCUCCUGCGAGCUGACCUGUGUCGUGACAAGUUCUCCAAAUGUGGCGUGAUGGCCAGCAGCGGCCUGUGCCAAUCUGUGGCAGCCUCCUGUGCCAGGAGCUGCGGGGGCUGCUAGGGUGGAAGUGGCACCCCGAGCCCUGGACCCUCCUCGGACCUGGGGCCCUCAGGCUCUGCCGGACCUGGUGCUUUUCUCCCCAGCCAGACGUUCCUCUUAUCCCGUAAAAUGUUAGUGGCUGCAGCGCCGGGGGUUGCCUCAGGCCCUUCCCCCAGCCUGCAGCCACCCUUGGGGCACAAAGGGGGCUCCCCAGGGUCCAGUCUCCGCCCCCAUGUGGGGGCAUCCCAGGCCUCUCUGUGGGACCUGGGCCCCUGAUGUGCCUUCUCCAUCCCUCUGAGGACAGUCCCCCACUCCAGCCCCACCCCCAAGGUAGGCUAUGACCCUCACCCCAGCUGGUCUGCUUGGAUUUCCUACAGCCCCUGGGCAUAGACCACCUUUGUUUUAUACAAAAUUAAA